AUGGCCGAAUACGUGAAAUGGUACCAGCGCAGGAGGGCAGAAUCUAGCCUUCAAUGGACCGCUAUCCCCAUAUCUGAUCUAUCCGACGCUGCUUUGCGGGCAGAACUUGCUCGGCGGAGCAAGGCACGGGGCUUGCGCGAUGAAAAGCCCGUGUGCGGUUCAUCGGAACCAGGUGUUUAUAAUACACCAAUCCAUGUUAUGGCGCUUUUUCUCAUCCUGGCAUUGAGCACGUUAGCGUGUUCAUUUCCUGUGCUGGCCCGCCGAUUCCCGCGCCUACCUAUACCGCGUCGUUUUCUGUUCCUGUCUCGUCAUUUUGGAACGGGGGUUUUAAUUGCCACGGCUUUCGUCCACUUGCUUCCCACGGCAUUUGUUUCUUUGACGGACCCAUGCCUUCCACAUUUCUGGAGUGAAGGCUAUCGUGCCAUGGCCGGAUUCAUUGCCAUGGUGUCGGUCUUUGUGGUAGUGGUGGUCGAGAUGUUCUUCGCCAUGAAAGGGGCAGGUCAUGUGCAUGGAAGUGAGUAUGACCAGCUGAUUAGCGACGUUGGCCUCGAGGUCCCACAUGACGAUCAUAACAUGGAUACCCACUACUCGAUGCUUGAAGGACAGGAUUCAGUGGCCAACCACAUUCCGCUGGGCAGAAUUCAGGAGGCCGAGCCAAUGCCCAGCAUAGCACGGCAGUCCAGCUCUACGUCAAGACAUCUUUCAGGAGGGAAUGGCCAAGCGCUUUCGAAGAACACGACGGAGCCGAAGGAAGAAGACGACUUGGACUUUGACGACUCCAACUCUCGUGACGUCUCUUACAUCAGUGGGCAGCAGGACUGCCAUUCUCAAGGUCGUCAUUCACAUGAACCUGAAUUCCGCCCACAGGCGGACGCAACCCUACACUUGCAGAACCCGCAACGCCAGUUACUCCAGUGUCUCCUGCUCGAGGCAGGUAUUCUUUUCCACAGUGUGUUUAUUGGUAUGGCGCUCAGCGUCGCAACAGGAACAUCGUUCCUUGUUCUCCUCGUGGCCAUCUGUUUCCACCAAACCUUUGAAGGGUUUGCUCUUGGGUCACGUAUCGCAUCUCUUAUUCCAGACCUCUUCUCCCCAUCUUCUAUGAAACCGUGGCUCAUGUCUCUUGCGUACGGGAUGACCACUCCUAUUGGGCAAGCUAUCGGUUUAAUGUUACACAAUCUUUACGAUCCUGCCAGCACGGCGGGUCUGCUUAUGGUGGGCAUCACCAAUGCCAUUAGCAGCGGGCUUCUCCUAUUUGCGGGGCUUGUAGAGCUGCUGGCAGAGGACUUUCUCAGCGAUGCAAGCUAUGCAUCUCUGAAGGGCCGGCGACGUGUUGAGGCCUGUAUCGCAGUCGCUAGUGGAGCUGUACUGAUGGCUCUAGUCGGUGCGUUUGCUUGA